AUGCCGGCGUGCCGCUGCUGCUGUGCUUUGCUGAGAGAGGAAAUGCUGGCAGCGAGGGAGCGGCCGUUCGAGGCGGUUCAGAUGAAGCUGCAGCAGAAGUAUGCGGGUGUGCCGCUGCUGCUGUGCUUCGCUGAGAGGCUCGUCAACUCCAUGUCAGGACAAAUGUCGCUAUCCACGCGCGUCAACACCGGCACCACCGUCACCUUUGACGUGCUCCUGGACCAGCCCCCCCCAGGUGCCCCCUCCCCCAGCACCAGCAGCGCCAGCAGCGGCGGCUCAGCCGGGGGCGUCGGAGCAGGAGGAGGAGGAGGAGGGGGAGGAGCAGCGGCGGUAGCGGCAGGGGGGGCGGUGCCGCGGGUGUUCCACAUAGGGUACGGGGCGAUAGGGGACGAUCAGCACGCGGAGUGUGCGGGGCUGAGGGCGAAGCUGAGGGGCAUGCGGUGUCUGGUGGUGGAUGGGCGGCCUGUGAGGCAGCAGGUGACUGCGACCUACCUGGCUCGCAUGGGGCUCCGAGUUGAUCUUUCAGACAGCGUCCCUGCUGCUGCUUUGGCUCUGAGGCACUCCCGACACCUCCCAGGCCAGGGUUUAGUGAACAGAAAGAGCCGGUGGGAUAUGGUGGUGGUGGAUGCAGAUGCGGACGGGCCAGGCACGGGGAUAGAGCUGGGGCGCAUGGUGCAGCAGCUGAAGGAGCUGAGGGAGGCGUGGGAGGCCACCCCUAUCGUGCCUAAACUGCUCCUUCUCACUCAGACCACAAAUGACGAUCUGGAGGCAGAGGCAGCGAGGCACGGAUUUUCAUGCAUCAUGCUCAAGCCUCUCAGGGCUGCCACCAUGGCCACAGCUCUCCUGCAGGCGCUCGGGCUGAACCCGCGGGAGACAACAGCGUUGGCUACCAGGCGAAGGCAGCUGCUGCUGCGGCUGUGCCUCAAGGGCAAGCGGGUGCUGGUGGUAGACCACCACUACAUCACGCGCAAGGCGGCUGCUGAGCUGGUUUCACACUUUGCUGACGUGGUCGUGGCCGUUGACAGCGCAGCAGAGGCCCUCUCGCGACUCGCUCCUCUGCCGCACUCCUUCCAGCUCAUCCUCGUUAAUAUCCGACUCGCUGACAUGCCGGGCUUUGAGUUCACAGAGGAGGUGCGGCGCCGAGAGGCGGAGCACAACAAAGCAGAGGUCCAACGGUGGGGCGCCACGUCAGCGCAGAGAAUCCGCGUGCCGAUCCUGGGGUUGGUGUCGGACAUGCACCCUGAGAUGGUGGCGCGGUGGCGGGAAGUGGGCAUGGAUGGGCUGUUGACCACCCCCAUUGACGAAGCCCAGUUGCUGACGGUUGCUUCCAGGCUGUUCAAACCAGCAGAGCAGCACUAA